AUGGUGGGUAUUAUGGACUAUCGAAAUCAAACUUUGACAAACCGAUUCAUCCUACUUGGACUUACAGAUAUACAAUACCUACAGGUUUUUUAUGUCCUAAUAUUCUCAGUUAUUUAUAUAAUCACGGUUUUAGGAAACUCCCUGCUUAUUAUUGCGGUGCUUAUUAAUGUACACCUGCAGACACCCAUGUAUUUUUUCCUUACCAACCUCGCCGUUAUUGAUAUCUGCUGCGCUUCCGCCGUUGUGCCUGAAAUCCUCGUAAACACCCUAUCUCUGGAUAAAAGUGUGUCACUUGCAGAAUGCGCCUUGCAGAUGUUUUUAAGUCUGGUUCUUGGAACGACAGAAUGUCUAAUACUGGCUGUUAUGGCCUACGACAGGUUUGUCGCCAUCUGUAGACCAUUACACUACAAUGCAGUCACGAACAAGAGAGUUUGCAUUUUAUUGACUGCCUUCUGUUGGAGCAUUGGCUUUAUCAACUCUACCAUCCACAUGGCGUUAACCUUCCAGCUGCCUUUUUGCAGGUCUCACCAUAUUGACCAUUACUUCUGUGAGAUUCCGCCUAUUUUGCAGCUGUCUUGUAGCGAUACGUGGUAUAAUGAGGUAUCCGUGUACAUCUCUGCAUGUUUAAUUGUGAUUUCUUCCUUCUGUUUGACUCUUGCCUCCUACAUUUAUAUCAUCUCCACCAUUUUCCGAAUCCAUUCAACUCAAGGAAGACAGAAAACUUUCUCCACUUGUGCAUCCCAUCUGACGGUGGUCUGUAUGUACUAUGGCACCAUUAUGGCCAUGUAUUUGGGCCCUCACUCUGCCUAUUCUCCAGAAAGAGCCAAGAUUACAUCCAUUAUUUAUACAUCUGUAACACCAAUGUUGAAUCCCAUCAUAUAUAGCGUAAGGAAUAAGGAUAUCAAACAUACCAUAACAGUAAAAAUGAUAAAGAAGUGCGUUGUGUGGUUUUAA